UAUGAGCAUUCAAAAAUUUGAUCAAAAAUAAAAUUACAGACAAAACAACUUCUCAAAUUUCUUUGUUAAUCAAGAUUGAUCGAUAUUUUUACAAAAUUCCUUACUAAAUAAAUGUCAACAUUCUUUCAUUAAAGCCUUAGGGCAUAUUCUCAAGGCAUUGUGGUCGGCAUAUUCAGAAUGCAGGUGUUAUUUGGUUCCACUUGGUUUUUCUCUCUACCAUUCGCUCUUUUCUUCUUCUUCGUGUUAUUACCUUCAUUCUUGUCUGCUGUUACUGAAGAAGAAGCUUCAUUGAUUGUCCGCAGACAACUCUUGACCUUUCCUGAAAAUGGAGAUUCACCUGACAAUGUUGAAUAUGAAAUCGAUAUAAAGGAAACAUUUGCAAAUAAAAGACUUCGCCGAGCUUAUAUUGGUCUUCAAGCAUGGAAGAAAGCUAUGUAUUCAGACCCAUUUAAUACAACUGGGAAUUGGGUUGGACCAUACAUAUGUGCCUAUAAUGGUGUCUUUUGUUCACCUGCUCUUGAUAAUCCAGAUAUGAGUGUUGUUGCUGGUGUUGAUAUUAAUGAGGGAGACAUUGAUGGUUACCUUCCUGUAGAAUUAGGCUUGAUGAAUGAUAUUGCUCUGUUUCAUGUGAACUCAAACCGUUUUUGUGGGGUUAUUCCCCAGAGCUUUUCAAGACUGACGAUACUUCAUGAACUUGAUCUCAGCAACAACAGGUUUGUGGGUCCUUUUACAAAAGUCGUUCUUUCAAUUCCUGCACUUAAAUAUCUUGAUCUUAGGUUUAAUGAUUUUGAAGGGAAGUUGCCUCCAGAGCUCUUUAAUAAGGAUCUAGAUGGUUUUUUUCUGAACGACAAUCGAUUCCACUCUGAUCUCCCCGAAAAUUUUGGAAACUCGCCAGUCUCAGUUGUGGUUUUGGCCAACAAUAAAUUCACAGGGUGCAUCCCUAAGAGCAUUGGUAAGAUGGGUAACACGUUGAAUGAGAUAAACUUACUUAACAAUGACUUUGCUGGUUGUAUACCAACAGAGGUUUCGUCCCUGACGAAUUUGACAGUAUUCGAUGCGGGAUUAAAUUCAUUUGUAGGAGACAUGAAUAACAGAUUCUGCCCCAUGAAAUUUCUUGAGAUAUUGGAUUUGUCGAGUAAUUCUUUAAAGAGGCUUGUCCCGGAAAAGGUAUGCAAGUUGCCUAAGUUGGAAAAUUUUACAUUCUCAGAUAAUUUUUUUAACGAAGAGUCACAUUUAUGUGUUCCAUCAAGCAACUCCAACACAUACUUUGAUGAUUCAAGAAACUGUAUGCCUUCUAGGCCAACACAAAAGACAACAAAAGUCUGUACUCCUGUGGUGAACAACCCAGUUGACUGCAAUAAGUCUAAGUGUGUAGCUUUACCCAUAUCUAGUAAACCGUGGUCUCCACCAGACACGACGAAGACACCCACGCAACUCCAACUCCUUCGUCCCCGAAACCUCGACCACAACGCAGCCAACACCGAGAUCGCAACCGCGGACAUCACCUCAAUCACAACCAACUCCAUCUUUCCCUUCUAUUGAUGAAAGACUUUUCUUGAAUGAUGAGAUAUUGGUUACAAUGCCAAAUGUGCGGAUCUUUCAGUUAGCUAAAAAGAUUGUUCAGUUUUCAUUUCGGACCUGUACAAGGUAACUGCUAAAGAGUAGGUGUAGAGAUUUCAAGGUACACUACUUAGUAACCUGGGAACACGGGUGGGAGAGGCGAUGAAUAAGCAAAGCCUAAAUCUGGUGGUAGGAUUACAUCUGGUAAUGGGAUUG